AUAGUGAAAACAAGUUUAAAUAACAGAAAUAAUUAUGAAUAAAAACGCUCUUCGUCCUGUAGUGGACGACCAAGAGCCACGUAUUAGUGUUAUUUGCCUUGGUCCAACAGGUUCGGGUAAAACGACUUUGUUGAAAAGAUUACAAGAAGCCGAAGGUAUUGACAAUACUUAUAGUCCCGUACCCACUAUAGGAACCAAUAUUUAUGAUAUACACUACAUUAAUAAGAGUGGGAAAAAACAAACAUUAAGUAUAAGGGAAGUCGGCGGAGAGAUGGCGUCACUAUGGAAUAAUUAUUUGGAUGGAGUUGAAAAGGUAAUAUUCGUAGUGGACACGUCUAAUCUGUGUCAGAUAUCGGCGGCAGCUCUCAUGCUAUAUACAUUAUUGGCCGAACCCUGUCUCAAACACGCUAAGUUCAUCCUAGUGCUAAGCAAGAUGGACUUGGCUUACCGGCAGAUGCGGAACGAGGCCCUGCUGAUGCUGCAGAGCCGUCGGUUGCUCGCGGAGCUCCCGAGACCGCCAACCAUUCUCGAAGCGGCGCCCCUCACCGGCGAGGGUCUGCCGGAGCUGAAGGCGCAGCUCACCAAUCAGAAGAUUAAGCCUGCAAUAUAA